AUGUGGACUCAAACCCUUCCGAUCAUGGCCGCUUUCAUGGCCACUUUCAUUUUCCUCCUCGCCCUAACCAACGCUCAAAACGCCCCCGGUGACUACCUCGCACUUCACAACCGAGCUCGAGCCCAGGUCGGCGUCGGCCCCAUGCAAUGGAGCAACACUGUGGCCGCAUACGCUCAAGCCUAUGCAGAAAAAAGAAAGGGUGACUACACCAUGAUUCAUUCAAUCAGGUCGUACGGGGAAAACAUAGCCGCGGGCUACUACCCUGAGUUCACCGGGGCGGAUGCGGUGAAGCUGUGGGCGAACAAGAAGCCGUUGUAUGAUCAUGCAUCGAAUAAAUGCGUGGGUGGUGAAUGUGGGCACUACACUCAGAUGGUGUGGCGGAGCUCGGUGCGGCUUGGAUGUGCUAGAGUGCCCUGUAAGGCUAAUUCUCAGUUUGUUGUUUGCAACUAUGAUCCUCCAUACAACUAUAUUGGGGAAAAGCUUUAUGAUUCUUGGGUGGUAGGAAGAGAUGUGGUUUUAAAAAUUUUAUAA